AUGCUUUUACGACAAGAAGGCGGUGAAGAAGGACACGCAGUUGAGUGUUGUCCAUCGGUUCUUGAUAUGAUUGAACCGGAAGGUGGUAAAAAUCUAGAUGACAUCUACGUUGAACUAUAUAGUGACGGUGAAAACAGACAAAGGUUUUACGAGAGAUCUUGCAGGGAAGACGUAACGAAUAAACCUUGCAGAUUUCUCGAUAGAAAGCUCUAUAACCAAAGUAGAUGUGUGCAAAAGUAUUCUUACACGUAUGCUUUAGUGAGAGAUACGACUGUGUCAGGUCAUAGCGGAACCGUUACCCGUCAUCAUCACGAACGGGGAAAUUUCAUGUCUAAAGACUGGAAAAUGGAUUACAUAAGAGAGUAG